AUGGCGGUCGCGGCUGCUAGUGGGAGGGCGGUGGUGCUGUCACAGCCGGUGACAUUCGUGACUGGUAACGCUAAGAAGCUCGAGGAAGUUCGGACAAUCCUUGGUAACUCAAUCCCCUUUCGCUCCGUCAAACUCGACCGUACGUUACUCUUCCACGCUCUAAUCGUGUCCCCAUUUUCGUUCGCAAGAGACAUUUUGCCAGAGUUACAAGGCGAGCCCGAGGAGAUUUCAAAAGAGAAGGCUCGUCUAGCUGCGAAGGAGGUAAAUGGGCCUGUGCUGGUGGAGGAUACUUGUCUUUGUUUCAAUGCCCUCAAGGGUCUGCCAGUACUGAUUAGGGUUAUGAAUGAUUUUGCAGGGCCAUACAUCAAGUGGUUUCUGCAGAAGAUAGGUCACCAAGGUCUGAACAAUUUAUUGAUGGCAUAUGAGGAUAAGUCGGCGUAUGCUCUCUGUGUUUUCUCGCUUGCUCUUGGGCCAAAUGCAGAUCCAAUUACUUUUCUGGGUAAAACCCCGGGAAAGAUAGUACCACCGAGGGGACCAAAUGAUUUUGGAUGGGAUCCUAUUUUCCAACCUGACGGAUAUGAGCUGACUUAUGCUGAGAUGCCCAAGGAAGAGAAGAACAAGAUUUCACACCGUUAUAGGGCCCUUGCGCAGGUCAAGUCGCACUUAGCUGAGUCCGAAUAUGGUUUCCAGACGGGACCCUGAUUCCAUCCAUAAUUAGUAUAUUCCAGUUAUAGAAAAUCUUUAUUAUCUUUCCAAUAUGACUUAAAUUGACAGAGAAUUUACUAAAUGCGUGUCAGGUAUUUGGAGAUUGAAAAUGGAUUAGGUUAUCAAGAUUCAAAUUUUUGAUGUCAAAAAAAUUAUGGGUGAAAAACUCCAGAGGCUAGUUGGAUACAUGGAUUGUGGUAUUUGUUUGGAUAAGUUCUUUUUUCGAUCAUGAUAAGGCAAAAAUUAGCUGAGUUCUGUAUGGACUCUCGAAUAUCGAAUAUAUAUAUAUGCAGUCUGCAAGAUUGUAUAUUUUGAAUAAAAAUGGUAGAUAAGUAGAACCAUACAAUGUUGUGUGGGCCCUCAGAGCCUGUAGUUAGAUUUAACUUCUUUGAUAGUAUCCUCACCUGGUACCACUUUAAAGUUGCAUAAUGUAGUUCUAACACGAAAAGCAUAGCUGUUUGUUUCUUAUUUUUGUCAAGUUUAACCUGUCCUGAUAUGAGCUUUUGCCUAAACAUCUUAGGAAAUCUUCUAGUUACGGUCUUUUAUUGUUGUUGGAUCUCAACGCUUGAUGCAACCAUCGACCAUAUGCUUGGAAUGUAAAUUUACAAACUAAUUUUGAUUGUUUUGUGGUCAUGGGUUGAUGGCGAUUUGAUCCUUCAUGUUGAAGCCAAAUAAUGGCCAUGAAAAUGAAAGAUAAUGCAUUUUGGAUACAGUUUAGGUUGAAUUGAUAGUGACAGCUGCUAUUGAUGCACACAAACAUGUAACAUGGCCUAUGUGCAUGUGGGUAAAAGAAGAUGGAUCAGUCGCCACGUGGACCCACCCAAAAUCAUGUGAUUAGCUAUGUGGUUUAGCACUCUUCAUGUGAGAGUUGAAAUUUGGGAGCUUCAGUUAUCCGAUUGCAGGAUUUUUUUGAGAUACACCAUGAACUUAUGUUUGUGAUACAUAAUACAUGUGAUCACUUCAAGAAUAAAGUCAAAAUUGGGGUGCUCACAGGGUUUCUAGAGGGUUGUUAUAAGUUAAAAUUGUGUUUCUGAUUAUGAUUUUGUGAUGGUAUAAAUGAGAAGUCAUAAAUCUGUAGUGUAUGUUUUACUUCAAUGAAACGCGAA